AUGUCCGAGUUACCUGUAGAAAUAUUUCGCCUAGUCUUUGGACUUCUUUCACAUGACAAGAAAUUUUUGCACUCGUGCCUUUUGGUAAAUCGGACUUGGCGCGAAAGUGUCGUUUCUAUUUUAUGGAGGGAUCCUUUUAAAUUUUUGCAGAAACCUUCAGCGCAGCUCAUUCAAACAUACAUUUCAUGUAUGGACGAAGCUGGGCGAAAAAACUUGGAGGGAUUAGGCAUUAAUUUUGAAAACGAGCCUUUGUGCAGGCCUACAUUUGAUUAUGUGGGUUUUUUACGACACCUCAAGUAUACCGAUUUUUACUAUUCUUCUCGAGCCUGGCUGGAAGAGAUUUUGGGACAACAAAAAAAUCUCGAUUUUGCUGGAUUCUUAGUGACCAAAGAAUUAUUCAAAUUUUUCAUGAACCAGUGUCAAACAAUUUUAUCUUUGGAAAUUAAUACUGAACAUUUAUAUCCUCCCGAUGAUGCAGAUUAUGUGUCAAUACCUUGUUUUCCUGGCGCCCCCAAAUGUUUAUCUCAAUUGCAGGAUUUUGUGUGUUGCGGAAAUUAUAAUAAGAAAGGGAUUUUCAAGGAAAUGACACAAUCAUGCAGAAACAUUCGGACGUUAAGUGUGGACUAUUUCUUGGACGAAUUUAAAACCGCAGCACCUUCAGAGUUGGCACGCCUCAUUAAAAACCAACACGCCUUGGUUGAAUUCAAACUUAUAGUGUGUUAUCGUUUCUUGUCGAAGAUCAUACCGGCUUUGGAGAGUCAGAAAAAGACAUUAACCAACGUAGAAUUCCGUGGUAUUCGAUUUGAAAAUGGUGUCACAUUUGAGGCACUUGUAGCCUGCACCAGUUUGGAAUCAUUGACUUUCUUUAAUUGUGACAACGUCACGGAUCAAGCUUCGGACCCUUUGUCUACUGCAUUUUUCCCUAAACUUCGAAAGAUAGUGUUUAAUGUACUUCACACGCCGCCCAAAGCAUUGGCAGCCUUAAUUUGUAACAAUAGCGUCACUCUACAGGAUUUGUCAUUGGAAUGGCCACCACUUAAUGAUUCCCAAAGUGAUCCACAAAUCAUUGAAAAGAUUAUAGAACAAUGUCCGAAUAUAAUCAAAUUUGAAGCACACUUAAAAACUUCGCAACUGUUAUCACUUCUAGGGAAAUGUUCUUUGUUGGAAGAUCUGACGGUUCGUGGUAGGGAACCGUUAUUCGCUGAUGGAUUUUUGCCUCAACUUGGCCAAAUGGCUCCUCCAAAAUUACGUGUGUUGAAUAUCUGUGCUAUUUGGUCAUUCAGUCCAGAGUCUUUACAGCAAUUUCUUGACCAUUGCACUGCACCAUUGGAGUACAUUGGUCUUCGUGAAUGUUACGCCAUGAAUGAUGAACAUUUGGAUGUUCUGACCCAAUACGCGGAGAAAGGGACGUUAAAACAUCUGAAUGUCAAAGCUGCAACGAGGAUUACGAGAGAAGGAUUGGAAAAUGCACUUAGAGUAAUUAGCCAUGUCGAUCACAGCCUGAAAGAAGAGAGAGAAGAACCUUUAGUGAAUGCUGAAAAUGAAAACGAAAUCGUAGAAACCGAGGAAUCAUCAGAGAAUGAUGAGAAUGCUAAAACUGAAGCCGAGAACUUACAGGCCGAGGAAUCUUCAGAAGUUACCACUAGAAUCACAAAUGAAUACGGGGCAAUUGGUCAGGUUGAUCAAAAUCUGAAGGAAGACGGAAAUGAGUCUUUAGAGGAUGCUGAGGUAGAGAGAGAGACCAUAAAAACCGAGAAGUCCUCCGAAAAUGGUGAAAAUAAACCAUGCUGA